AUGAAAAUGAACGGAUUCGUAAGAACUUCCAGCAGGUGGACUCCUGAAGGUUCCGUGGUUUGCUUAGCGCUUUCUGUACUGGCAUGGACGUCUUGGACAUGGCGUUGUUUUGUACCGAUCCGGUCCAGCUGUUGUCCUCCUUUGCUGGACUUUCCAGAUCAUGAUCUGCUCUGGUCUGACCAUGUCAGGUGCCUUCCCUAUACCGCACGACUGCAGAUGAAGAUGAACAUGUAUGCCAUGCAGUCCUUGUUGGUGAUGGACGGGAGAUCUCAAGCCUCCGCCAGCACCCAUCACAACUGUGCAAUCCAGGCAGAUGGUGAGCUGGUGUGCUUCGGAAUAAAUGUCUACGGGGAAUGUGAUGUGCCGGCGGACCUGGGACCAGUUGUGGCCGUCUCAGCUGGGGACUCCCACACCUGCGCGGUGAGAGAAGAUGGUGGGCUGGUGUGUUUUGGAGCUAACAGGUAUGGGGAAUGUGAUGUGCCGGCUGACUUGGGGCCGGUUGCGGCCGUCUCCGCAGGGGGAUACCACACUUGCGCGGUGAGAGCUGAUGGUCAGCUGGUUUGCUUUGGACCCAACGGCCAUGGCCAAUGCGCUGUGCCUCCGCGUUUGGGACCAGUCUUGACGGUCUCAGCAGGGGGGUAUCACACUUGUGCCGUGAAGGUUAAUGGUCAACUGGUUUGUUUUGGAGGUAACGGACACGGGCAGUGCGAUGUUCCGGCGGAUUUGGGACCAGUGUUGACGGCCUCAACGGGCAAAUGUCACACCUGUGCUGUGAGGGCAGGUGGUCAACUGGUCUGCUUCGGAGACGACGAGAAAGGGCAAUCCGAUGUACCAUUGGAUCUUGGGCCCGUUGUGGCAGUAUCAGCAGGUGAGCAGCAUACCUGUGUAGUGAAGGCAGACGGAGAGCUGUUCUGCUUUGGACUGAACAUGUACGGGGAGUGUGAUGUUCCUGUGGAUCUGGGACCAGUUUUCACAGUCUCAGCCGGCGGACAUCGCACAUGCGCAGUGAGGGCAGAUGGUCGAUAUAUCGGUUUCCCAAAAACGCCGUUGCCGGUGGAUCUGGGACCGCUAAUUAGAGUUUAG